AUGGCUGAGAAAUAUGAGCGAGGGGGUCAUAUCAUUGGUGGUGUUUUUUCAUUCCGUUCAGUUGCAUUUGACUUCAACAGCUUUCAGAAACCUCCUGUUGAUGCUGGUAUUUAUCUGACAAGGAUACUACCUAAGAAUAUCCAACACUUCCUGGCUUUUUGGUUUGCCAUUAUUGAAGUCAACAAGAAUCCAAAGCUUUUACCUAAUGUCACUCUGGGUUUCCGUCUACUUGACAACUUGUGCAAUGGAAGACUCACUUAUUUCACAACAAUGCAGUUGCUCACAUCAGGAGGUAUUAGAACCAAUAAUUAUAACUGUGAUACAAAGAACAGUGUGUUGGCCAUUGUUGGGGGACUUGCAUCUGAAAACUCCAUUGAAAUAUCAAAUAUUGCGAGCACCUACAAAAUGCCUCAGCUCAGUUAUGGUUCAUUUGAUCCAGUGCUAAGUGAUAAAACCCGAUUCCCUUUCUUCUAUCGGAUGGUACCAAAUGAAGACAUGCAGCUUAAAGGGGUAAUCCAGUUACUCCUUCAUUUCUCAUGGAAAUGGGUUGGUCUUGUUGCUCCAGAUGAUCACAGUGGAGAAACGUUUGUGCAGACUCUGAAGGGAUUGUUCACUCAGCAUAAUCUUUGUGUGGCUUUCACUCAAAGUAUCUUGGCAAUAACCUCUGCCACUGACAAAGAUAUAGGAAAGGAAGAGGCAAAAAUGUAUCACACAUUCUCUCAAACCAAAGCCAAUGUGGUUGUUGUAUGUGGCGAUUCCCAAUCCCUAAUGCUAUUUACUUACUUGAUAGAUUUGAAUUAUCAAGGUGCUCAAAUGGCUCUCGUAGGGAAAGUUUGGAUCAUGAACGCACAGUGGGACUUUACUGCAGUGGACUCUCAGAGUUUCUGGUCUCUAAAACAUUUCCAUGGUGCUCUGGCUUUCGCAAUUCACACAACUGUUGUGCCAGGUUUCCAAGAUUUUCUUAAGGCCUUUAAUCCUCAGCGUUAUCAUCCAAAAGACGUGUUCAUGAAAGAAUUCUACAAGAAGGUAUUUCACUGUGGCGUUAACUACUCUGAUAGGACCAGUGAGCUAAGAUGUUCAACAGAGGAACACCUGGAGUCUCUGCCAGGAGCUGUGUUUGAAAUGAGCAUGUCUGGUCAGAGCUAUAGUGCCUACAAUGCGGUUCAUGUCAUAGCACAUGUUUUACAUGAAAUGCACUUAUCCACAUCCAAGCACAUAAAGUUGGGGGAAAGAGGCAUAUUGGGACUGAGGAAUGUGCAGCAGCAGCUACACCAUAUGUUAAGAAAUAUCAGGUUUAACAAUAGUGCUGGGGAAGAGAUAUUUUUUAAUGAGCACCAAGAGUCUACAACUGGAUAUGAUAUUGUGAAUUGCUAUGUGUUCCCUAAUGGAUCCCUCAUCCGGGCUAAAAUUGGAAUAAUGGACCCCCAUACAUCAAUACACAAUAAGUUUAUCAUUAAAGAUAAUGCAAUAACUUGGAACAGUUGGUUCAACAAGACCCUGCCCUGUUCUGUGUGUUCUGAAAUCUGCCAUUCUGGAUACAGCCAGAGAGUUCAGGAGGGUAAACAAGUCUGCUGCUAUGAUUGCACUCCAUGCCCAGAAGGGAUGAUUUCUAACCAGACAGAUGCAGAUCAUUGUGACAGAUGUCUAGAUGAGCAGUACUCCAACCAAGAACGGGAUCAAUGCAUUCCAAAAGUAAUUCACUUCCUCUCGUAUGAAGAACCUUUGGGAAUGGCUUCAGCUACCUGUUCCCUCAUGUUGUCUUUAGUCACUGCUCUGAUACUUCAAAUAUUUAUUAAGCAUCGAGACACUCCAGUUGUCAAAGCCAACAACCGAGAUAUCACCUACAUUCUGCUUGUCUCUCUCCUGUUUUGUUUCCUCUGCCCCUUGCUCUUUAUUGGCAGGCCAAGGAAAGUGACCUGCCUUCUCCGACAAACAACAUUUGGCCUCAUCUUCUCUGCUGCUGUUUCUUCUUUGCUGGCCAAAACCAUCACUGUGGUCCUGGCUUUCAAAGCCACACAGCCAGGAAGCAAUAUGAGGAAAUGGCUGAGGAAAAGAGUAGCCAACUCCAUUGUCCUGUUCUGUUUCCUUGGCCAAUUUGUAAUCUGCACUCUAUGGUUAGGAGCAAACCCUCCCUUCCCGAGCUUAGACAUGCACUCUGAAAGUGGACAGAUCAUAGUUCAGUGUGAUGAAGGAUCAGUCACUAUGUUUUAUUGCGUCCUCACCUACAUGGGCCUUUUAGCCAUUAUCAGUUUUCUGGUAGCUUUCCUUGCAAGGAACCUGCCAGAUAGUUUUAAUGAAGCUAAAUUUAUCACUUUCAGCAUGUUGGUGUUUUGCAGUGUUUGGGUCUGCUUUGUUCCCACUUACCUGAGCACCAAAGGGAAAUACAUGGUAGCUGUGGAGAUCUUCUCCAUCUUAGCCUCUGCUGCAGGUUUACUUGGCUGUAUCUUUUUUCCAAAAUGUUAUAUUGUCAUUUUGAAGCCUAAUCUUAACACUAAAGGGCAUCUCAUAAGGAAAUCAGAGUAG